UUUUUUAAAUAAUUAAAUUUUCCCACCUGGGCUUUUCUAUUUAUCUGAAAAGAAAUUUUUUAGCAACAAAAAAUAGCCAGCCCAAAAUUGGGUCCGGCCCAAACCAAUAUAGAAUGAAAAAACAAAUAACAUUUUCGAGUCUAUUCUAAAAAAGGAAAGUGGCACAUUUGUCUUGUUUUGCCCUAGAUUAUCGCCUUUGUGUCUCUUCUCCACUUUAAAUCGACAUUGUUGAAAGUGCAAAAAUGAUGAUCGGCCAGAAAAUUGAAUUGAUUUGCCCCUCAAAUUGUCGAUCAGUUCAAGUCUCACCUGAGCUUUGAGAUUGAUAAGUGUCAAUUUCAUUGUUUGGGCUUCUCUCUCUGAGACACCACCGCCGAUGUUGCUUCCAUGAUGAUCUGAACUCAAUUCAGCUCCGAUUUGGCUCUGUUCUGAUGCGUAUCGACGGUGCUGAGGCUUAUUUCUUCUUAGGUGAAGUUGAAACACCAUCUCUUGUGCCCGCCUUGAUAUGAAAAUUGUUGGUUGAACCCUCCCUUGAUCUACCUAUGGGCUAAUUUUGCUGUUACAACUCGUGGCCAGGGAGACAGACUUGAUCCAUAGCUUUAUUAUUCAGGGACUACGUAGUGGAGCUCCAUUUCAUUCGGAGCUACAGCUUUUGGUAUCUAUUCUUUUGUGUACAUACUUAUGGGCAUGGAGGGGUCCUGUCCCGCCUAUAUAAUGUGACGUACUCUCCUUAGAGGCUCGUAGACAUGUGUACAUGGUUAGAUGUAUUUGGCCUUGUCAGCUUAUAUUUUGUAUGUCAUUUUGUUAGCCUCGUCGGCUUAUGUACGUUGAUAUGGGCAUAGUUGUUGAUGGUGAUAUAAACGUAUUGUUGCCCAAUGAGAUUAGCAUGAAUGAUGGAUAGAAAUUAUGAUUAAGCUAUGUGGCUCACCUGGAUGUAAAUGUGAAUGUACGUUAAGAGGUACCCGGGUGGGUUAGCACCGGGUACCCAUCAUGGCACUCCGGUUGGGUCGUGACAAAAGUGGUAUUAGAGCAGUUCUGCCCUAAGGUGUGUCUACGAGCUGUGUCCUGUAGAGUCUUGAUUAUGGGUGUGUUGCGCGCCACACUUAUAAACAAGAGGCUGCUGGCUUUUUAGGAAUGAAUGAACGUAUUUCUUCAUAAGAUCGUGCGAUAGAGCCAUAAUAUAAGGGUUUCUCUUUUCCUUAACCGUGUAUUAUGUAUUUUAGAAAUGCCUAUGAAGAGAAAGGCUACAGCAGCACAAAAGGGCAAGACAGUGGCAGAAAAGCGGGCUGAAAGAGCACCACCAACAGUUGUAGAGGUAAGUACGUCCCAGAAUGCAGCUCAAUCUCAGUCCUCCCACUCAGUGCCUAUAUCUGAGGAGCAUGAGGGAGCCUCAGCCCCAGCUCCAGCACCCCCACCUUCUCCACCGAAUGCUUCAGGCCAAGAUGUAAAAGAGGCCAUUCAUUUGCUUACUCAAUUGGUUACCGCCCAGACUCAGCGGAAAGGUACAGGGAAAUGUGAUAGGGCUGUUAGUGCAAGGGCUCGUGAUUUUAUAAGCUUGAAACCUCCGAAAUUCUUCGGGUCAAAGCCGGAUGAGGACCUCAGAAUUUUAUUGACAGGAUGUUGAGGACACUAUGGUUGAUACAUGCUUCGGACAUUGAGUCAAUGGAGUUAGGAUCCUAUAGAUUGAGGGAUGUUACGGUUCAUUGGUACACAGUUUGGAUGGCUUCACAGGGAGCCAAUGCCCCUCCCCCGGUAUGGGAAGAAUUUGUAGAUGCUUUCCUCCGACAUUUCUUACCUCUAGAGGUUCGGCAAGCUAGAGCCGAUAAGUUCUUGAAUUUUAGGCAAGGAAGUAUGAGUGCUCUAGAGUAUAGUCUCCGCUUCAAUUCUUUGGCUAGGUAUGCUUCGGCCACGGUAGCGGAUAUGGGUGACCGAGUGCACCGAUUUGUGAGAGGCCUAGGGCCACAUUUGAUGGAUAGGUUCUUGACUGCAUCCCUUCAGGAUAAUAUAGAUAUUUCACGCAUUCAGGCCCAUGCUCAAAAUUUAGAGGAAAGCCAACAACAUCAAAGAAGUGAGUGUGAGCAUGAUAGAGGGUAUAACAAGAGGGAUAGAUCUUCGGGUCCGAUGAAUGAGUUUAGAGGCGGGCACAGACAGCAGUUUUCUAGGCAUUCAGGCCAUUCUAUGACUAGUGCACCUCCACGGUUUUCAGGCCAGAGAUUUGAUAGAUCUACUCAUUUCGGGCCGUGUCAGAGUUUUUUCGGUUCACAGUUCAGGGGUGAUUCGGGUCAGGCGAGGCCACCCGUGCCUCGAUGUUCCCAGUAUGGGAAGUUACAUUGGGGCCAGUGCCGAUUAGGUGCAGAGGUUUGCUAUGCAUGUGGUCGGCCAGGCCAUAUUAUGCGUGAUUGCCCCUCGGUUGGUGGUAGAGGUAGGACUCAGCCUUCAGGGUCGGUAGCUGGGUCUUCAUCAUCUAUACACCCUAUGGGACCAGGUUCACAUGCGUCAGUCGGCCAUGGUAGAGGCAGAGGGAGAGUCCCCAGUUCUGGCGGUCCUCAGCACCGUAUUUAUGCUUUGGCUGGACGCCAAGAUCUUGAGUCUUCUCCUGAUGUUGUCACAGGUAUAUUAUCAGUAUUUUCUCAUGAUGUAUAUGUUUUGAUAGAUUCGGGCUCCACAUUGUCAUAUGUUACUCCAUAUAUUGCGGGUCAGUUUGGAGUCAAACCGGAGUCGAUCAAACCUUUUGAGGUGUCUACACCUGUUGGUGAAGCGGUAAUAGCUAGCCGAGUAUAUAGAAAUUACAUAGUUGUGAUUUGUGACCAUCAUACUAUGGUGGACUUGGAUGAGUUAAAAAUGGUGGAUUUAGAUGUUAUCAUGGGUAUGGAUUGGUUGGCUUCUUGCUAUGCCAAUGUUCAUUGUAGAAUGAAAAUGGUUCGUUUUCAAUUUCCGGGAGAACCAGUUUUAGAAUGGAAAGGAAAUACUGCGUCACCAAAAGGUAGGUUUAUUUGCUAUCUAAAGGCGAGGAAAAUGAUCACAAAAGGUUGCAUUUAUCAUCUAGUUCGAGUUCAAUAUGUCGAAGCCAAACCGCCAACUCUUCAGUCAGUUCCCGUGGUGAAUGAGUUUCCGGAUGUAUUCCUGGAAGAGCUUCCAGGCCUUCCUCCGGAAAGAGAGAUUGAUUUUUCUAUUGAUGUGUUGCCAGACACCAAGCCUAUAUCUAUCCCACCUUAUAGAAUGGCUCCCGCAGAGUUGAAAGAAUUGAAAGAGCAAUUGAAGGACUUACUUGAGAAAGGCUUUAUUAGGCCUAGUUCUUCCCCGUGGGGAGCACCCGUGUUGUUUAUCCGAAAGAAAGAUGGCUUCUUGCGAAUGUGCAUUGACUAUCGGCAACUGAAUAAGGUGACGAUUAAGAAUAAAUAUCCUCUUCCGAGAAUUGAUGACUUAUUUGAUCAAUUGCAAGGCGCCAAAUGAUUUUCAAAGAUAGAUUUGAGAUCCAGGUAUCAUCAAGUGAGUUAGGGAGAAAGAUAUCCCUAAGACAGCUUUCAGAACAAGAUAUGGCAAUUUUGAGUUCCGGGUGAUGUCAUUCGGGCUAACAAAUGAACUGGCAGUAUUUAUGGAUUUGAUGAACAAUGCGUUCAGACCCUUCCUAGGUUUAUCUGUGAUUGUAUUCAUCGAUGAUAUGUUGGUGUAUUCUAAAUCCGAGGCAGAACAUGCGGAUCAUUUGUGUACUGUCCUUAGAGUUCUUCAAACUCGAGAGUUAUUCGCCAAAUUUUCUGAGUGUGAGUUUUGGUUGAACUCAGUGACAUUUUUAGAGUACAUUGUUUCAGCCAAUGGUAUUCGGGUGGAUAUCCAAAAGAUUGAGGCCUUGAAGACUUGGCCAAGACCCACGACUGCUACGGAGGUUCGUAGUUUUCUGGGCUUAGCAGGUUAUUACAAGAGAUUUGUAGAAGGCUUUUCUUCUAUUUCUGCACCACUCACAAAGCUGACCCAGAAAUCAGCAAAGUUUCAAUGGAUAGAUGUUUGUGAACGUAGUUUUCGAAAGCUAAAGGAUAGAUUAACUUCUACCUCAGUCCUGACACUUCCAGAGGGAUUGGAAGGUUAUGUUGUUUAUUGCGAUGCUUCGGGCAUUAGGCUAGGCUGUGUUUUGAUGCAACAUGGUAAGGUGAUUGCGUAUGCAUCAAGGCAAUUACGGAAACAUGAGAAAAAUUAUCCAACCCAUGACCUUGAAUUGGCUGCGGUGAUUCAUGCAUUAAAGAUGUGGAGACAUUAUUUGUAUGGUGUAAAUGUGGAUAUUUAUACAGAUCAUAAGAGCCUUCAGUAUAUCUUCAAGCAGAAAGAGUUGAAUUUACGGCAACGACGGUGGUUGGAAUUGCUAAAAAACUAUGUUGUGGAUGUCCUGUAUCACCCUGGAAAGGAAAAUGUUGUGGCCGAUUCUCUUAGCCGUAGAUAUAUGGGAAGUUUUUGUGAUGUUCGCCCAGAGAAAAGAGGAAUGGCUCGUGAGCUCCAGUAGUUAGCUAGCCUAGGAGUUCGAGUAGUGGACCCAGGUAGCAUGGAAGCUACCAUUCAGAAUUCGGCAGUCUCGUCGCUAGUAGUGGAAGUGAAGGAGCGAUAAUACGAAGAUCCCAUGCAAAUUCAUUAUAGAGAUACACUCUCUCAAAAGGAGAAGUCAUCAUUUGAGGUCUCAGGAGAUGGAGUUCUCUGAUGCCGAGGCAGAUUAUGUGUUCCUGAUGUGGCAGGAUUACGCCACCAAAUAUUGGGAGAAGCCCAUUGCUCCCAUUAUUCUGUCCACCCCGGAGCAACGAAAAUGUAUCAUGAUCUUAAAUCUAGAUGUUGGUGGAAUGGGAUGAAGGAUGAUAGAGCGGAAUUUGUAGCUCAAUGUCACAACUGUCAACAAGUGAAAAUCGAGCACCAAAAACCUGGCGGAUUGUUGCAAGCCAUAGAAAUUCCAAUUUAGAAGUGGGAAGUAAUUAACAUGGACUUCAUUUCAGGCUUACCCCGUUCUCGACGUAAGUAUGAUUCUAUAUGGGUGAUUGUGGAUAGACUCACCAAGUCAGGUCAUUUCUUACCAGUCAGAACUAUAUAUGUGGAAAAAGAUUAUGCAAAGCUUUAUGUUAAGGAGAUGUGGAUUAUUCAAGAAUCGAAGUCGAUUUGGUGUUCCAGUAUCUAUUAUCUCUGAUAGAGGAACUCAGUUUACAGCUAAUUUUUUAAAAUCUUUCCAAGAAGGUUUGGGGACUUAUGUGAGCCUUAGCACGACUUUUCACCCAUAGACUGAUGGGCAAGCUGAGCGUACUAUUCAGACUCUCGAGGAUAUGCUACGGGCAUGUUCGCUGGAUUUUGGAGGUAAUUGGGAUGAUCACUUACUACUUAUUGAAUUUGCUUAUAACAAUAGUUAUCAUUCUAACAUCCAAAUAGCAGCGUAUGAGGCUUUAUAUGAGAGAAAGUGUAGAUCCCCAAUUGGGUGGUUUGAAGUAGGAGAGACUAAAUUGAUAAGGCCAGACUUGGUCCGGUAAGCCAUAGUGAAAGUUAAGCUCAUACAAGAUCGGUUAUUAACAGCCCAAAGUCGUCAGAAGUCCUAUGUAGAUAAUCAUCGAAGGGACUUAGAGUUCCAAGUGAAAGAUUGGGUAUUCUUAAAGGUAUCGCCAAUGAAGGGUGUUAUGAGAUUUGGCAAGAAGGGGAAGCUUAGUCCCCGGUACAUUGGGCCUUAUGAGAUUGUACGCAAGGUAGGCGAAGUGGCUUAUAAAUUAGAUCUACCUCCUGAUUUGGAGUCAGUUCACCCAGUUUUCCAUGUCUCGAUGCUUCGUAAAUGUGUUGGAGAUCCUACUAGGAUCGUGCCAGUAAAUGAUCUUCAAGUGACAGAAAGGUUGACUUAUGAAGAGGUACCCAUUGCCAUAUUAGAUAGGCAAGUACGGAGGCUUAGAAAUAAAGAAGUGGCCUCAGUUAAGGUUUUGUGGAGAAACAAUAACCGAGAAGAAAAGACUUGGGAAGCGGAAGAAAAUAUGAUGUCCAAGUAGCCGCACCUAUUUCAACCCCCGGAAGAGAUCCAAGAUGAGACAUCCAGAUCAUGAGGUAUGUAUGUUUUCCUUUUUAUGCAUUUGGGUCGUGUGUGGCCAAACUCUAUUGCUAUUAUGUUGUGGCCCUAUGAGGCAUUAUUGUUAUGGGCUGUUGUGACAGGAUGGUGGUACCCUAUUACAGGGGAAACUCUGGCGAAAUUUUUAGAGAAUUCCCAAGCACUUAACAUUCGAGGAUGCAUGUUCUUAACGGGGGAAGAAUGUUACACCUCGGAAAAUUCUCCGUUGAUGCACAGUGAAUAGGCUAACAAAGCGCACGAAGUAUAUGAUGCUUCAUAAGUAAGAAAUAGCAUUUGAUGACCCUAAUUGGGUUUCAAAGACAUUCGAAGUGAGAGAAGAAAGUUUUCCAAGGAAGGCAAGGUAUACGUUAUGUAUCGGAGAGGAUUUACGAGUACCGAAUUAAUGAUGACUUAAUGAUGCUUUGGAGAGGAGUUAUAAUGUCCCAUAGAUUGUUAAUUUGGUACUAAACAAGUGUUAAGAAGGUUCCAGAAGGAUUGGAGAUCAAACGAGUCGACGAGAACGUGUUCGGAAAAGCUGGGCAUUAUACGACCCAACAAACUGGCCGUAUAAAAUAUACUAGUCGUAUGUUAGGCCGUAUAUUCUGCCCAGAUCGGUAGCCUUCACUGAAAUAAAAGUAUGGCCAAACAUACGGUCCAUAUAAAUUAUACGGACCGUAUGUUGGUCCGUGAAAUCAAAGCGGGACAGAUUGUGAAUUAUUAAAAAGGGGACCAAGUUCAUUUCAUUUCAUUUCAUCUUCACUCCCCUUCUCUCAAGAACUCUCUAGAAUAUUUCUCCACACCUCUUCCACAAGUAUUAAAGAGAAUUAAUGAUCAACUUCAUCAAACGAAGAGAAUCAAGUGUAAGAAACACAUUAGGGUUCAUCCAAGACAAGAAAUCCAAAUGGAAGUGGAAGUGGAACUAGGGUUUUGCUCAAGUGCAGUGUUUCCACCCAAAGUCCAUUCCUACACCAUCAAAGGUAAGUUUUAUGGUAUUUCCAUGUUUUUUAAGGUAUUGAGAGGUUGAAAGACUUGGAUUGUAGAAGGAGAUAGAAAAUGGGUCAUGAAUGUGAGAAUAGUAUCAUUUUUGAGUAGUAGCUUGGAUUGAGUCACGAUUCUUGAUAUGUUGUGAUUAUAAUUAUGCUAUAAUUGACAUUAAGAACAUGGGAUAGACAUUGUAUAUGAGUGAAUGUAAUAGUGUGCUAUGACCAUGGAUAUGGAUAAUUUGAUGUGAAUUGAGGAAUAUAGAUAAUAGAGGUGAAUAAAGACUAUUGCUAUGAUGUUGUGAAUGUUAUUAUAGAUGUUUGGGAGUUGAUAUAUGAUAUGGAGGAAGUUGUAUAAAUAAAGGAAAUGCUGCCCAAUUUUCUCUAGCUUUAGUCAAGUAUGCUAAGCUAUCGAUCAUCUAAUGUUAGUAUAAACUCUCAUGAAGGUAGAACGUGAGCAUUGAAGGACAACGUUCAAGUGAUAGAAUAGCUAAACGAAAAGGUAUGUAAGGCUAACCCUUAUUUCAAUAAGGCAUGGUUCUUUGUCUAUAUACCCAUCCUUUCAUGAGUCUAUAAUGUCUUCCAAAUGAUUCUAUCUUUAAAGCUACUAAAGCUCAUGAUUCUCAUUAUGAUUUGAUUCUACUAAAUUCAUUAUAUGAUGAGUGAUCCUCUAAGGAUAGAUGCAAUGAAACGAUGAUAGUAAUGAUUCCAAAGACGCUUAUGGGAACUUAUGUAUUAUGUAACCCCGAGCUUAUAUGGCCGGGUAUGAAAUGUAUUGCGCGCUCACCACUGCAGUUGGGUACGGAUACUGUUGAACCUUGGUAGGGCCAGGUAUGCAUAAUUACCGAGCCUUGCCAUGGUCGGGUAUGUGAAUCACCGAACCUUCACGGUCGGGUAUGCUAUGAAUACGAAUAUGAAAACGAAUAUGAAUACGAUUAUGAAUAUGAAUAUGGAUAUGAAAAUGUAAAUAAAUAUGGAUACGAAUACGGAUAUGGAUAUGAAUGUACGUACACGAUCACAUAUUAGCAAUGGAAGGUCCCUAUGAAAAGCAAGUGGCCAGGGAGACAGACUUGAUCCAUAGCUUUAUUACUCAGGGACUACGUAGUGGAGCUCCAUUUCAUUCGGAGCUACAACUUUUAGUAUCUAUUCUUUUGUGUACAUAUUUAUGGGCAUGGUGGGGUCCUGUCCCGCCUAUAUAAUGUGACGUACUCUCCUUAAAGGCUCGUGGACAUGUGUACAUGGUUAGAUGUGUUUGGCCUUGUCGGCUUAUAUUUUGUAUGUCAUUUUGGUAGCCUCGUCGGCUUAUGUACAUUGAUAUGGGCAUAGUUGUUGAUGGUGAUAUAAAUGUAUUGUUGCCCAAUGAGAUUAGCAUGAAUGAUGGAUAGAAAUUAUGAUUAAGCUAUGUGGCUCACCUGGAUGUAAAUGUGAAUGUACGUUAAGAGGUGCCCGGGUGGGUUAGUACCGGGUACCCGUCAUGUCACUCCGGUUGGCUCGUGACAAGACUGUUUCAGACUUAGACGAAUUUAGAAGGCCUUAAGAACUUCACUUUUCGGUUUGACUUUAAAAUGACUGUUUAUCACCCGAAUUCAAUACGAAUGGAUUCAUGUAGCUAAAAUAUCAUCUUAAUACUAGUUUUUACGCAUACACACCUAACUCAGGUUUAUGGGAUGUUACAUUAGGUUAGGGAUUUGGGUCUUACAUAAAAGUAGGGUUCGUUUGAUGUUCUUCUUGAUUCUAAUUUCUUGAUUCGAAUGUGCCUAGAAUUUCUUUAUCUCGAGGCUCAAAGGAAAGGGAAGUCUAAGGAGUGAUUAUUGGUGUUAUUUCUAUUCGGCCUUCCAGGUAGGUUACGGUUUACCCUAUGGUGAGACUUCAUUUAGCAAAGCAUAUAUUUAAACGAUAUUGUCAGAGAAAGCAUGUAAACCUUCGAGUAUAAAGUUGGGUUAGAUAUUGUCUUAGGCUGGGCCUUGUUGUGUUAUUGGAGUUAGCCACCCCGUUGUGUUAUGACUUAUCUUGUUCUCUUAUUGUUGGCUUGAUGCCAUGUAGAGAUAUUAGAUAUUGGAGACGGUUGAUAUAUCUUGAUCAUGAUAUUGUAUUAUCUUACUUGAUGUCAUUUGAUAUGAGGAUAGUGUUCUAUUAUGGCUUAUUGUGUUUCCUUUGCAUGAUAAUGUUGGUGUAUCCAUGCGUGGUACUUUGAUAUUGAUUUGAUUAUUGAUAUUAAACUCAUACAUUGCACGGAUUCUCAUCCUUUAUGAUAUACUAUUGAUACAUUGAUGAUACUUGAGGAAAUACUGUUACGAGCUGGCCUCAGUUAGAUGAGAGUGACGUGAGGACCGAUGUCCGAUGUUUAUCCCAGAAUCUAGGUAUGAGUGUAGUGAUUGUCGAGGUUGUUGUCGGAAUCAUGAGGUAGCGAUUUCCGAGGUUGUUCCUGGAACCGUGAGGUAGAUGGACUUCGCGGGUCCCUCAUGGGUUGUGCUGCCGAUAUGUAUGUUCCAUCAUUGGAGUAUAUGCGUACAGUGCAUAUGCAUUGCAUCCGCAUUUCAUACAUUAUUGCAUUGCAUUUUGCUAUUGGCUCGUGUUUGACUUUUACCUUGUUGAUUUACCUAUUUAUCUUACUUUAUUUCCUCGAUAUGUGUUAGCUAAACUUAGUCGCCCUAUGAUACUUACCAGUACUUGUUAUUUGUACGGACCUGCACUUACUGCAUUCUUUUA